ACCGCACCGCAUCGCUUCGCUUCCGGCGCCGCACCACCAAAAUCUAGCCAACACCCCAUCACACGUCGUCGUUAUAAGAAGCCACCGCGCCCAGAGCCACAUGCCACAAACAGCUGCUUCAUUCGCCAGUCGACACCGCCUCACCCAACCGAACGCUCGAGAUCGCAGCCGCGCCGACGACACUGUGCACUGGUGCAGUGCGCACGAGCGUGUGAGCUGAGGCCGCAGCCACGGUCGGUGUCUCUGCCGUUUCCAAGAACCGACAGCCCCUCGAUCCCCUCGCUUCACACACUGCCACCGCACUACGGUCCAGGUCUUAUCCCGAUAUAUGCCACGGCGCCCGGCCUGCUGCAAGUAGCUAACCGUGCUCGCUGUAGCCAGUAGUUGCACAGGAUGCUGCAGGAGUUGGCGCCGUGCACGUGCGGCCUGCUCUACGCCGGGGGCUGCGGCGGCCGGUGCGGACGCGCCGCCGCGUCAGCUUUCUCCAUGCUGUUCCCCAUGGCGGGGGGACAGUGCUACAACAGGGAGGAGGAGGAGAAGGGCGGGUCGAGGUACGGCGGCGGGCCGGUGGACUGCACGCUGUCGCUCGGCACGCCGUCCACGCGCCGGGCCGAGGCGAGGGCGGGGCUCGCGCGGGACGCGGCGUCCACGCGCGCGUGCAGCGGCAGGCAGGACGGCGGCGGGGUAUCCUGCAAGGAGUCCGGCCGCGGGUUGCCGGCCCGGCGGUGCGCGAACUGCGACACCACGUCGACGCCGCUCUGGCGGAACGGGCCGCGGGGACCCAAGUCGCUGUGCAACGCCUGCGGGAUCCGGUACAAGAAGGAAGAGAGGCGCGCCGCGGCGGCCGUCGCGCCGGCGCCGCAGGACAGCGGGGUCGGCGCGUACGCAUGCGGUGGGUACGCGCGACAGCAGCAUCCGCCGCAGUGGGGAUGCUACGGCCCUGCCGCGGCGAAGCCGGCGUCUUACACAAUGUACGGCGACGUCGUCGACGAGGCGGCGGACGGGCCCUGCCUGUCGUGGAUGCUCAACGUGAUGCCCUCCUCGCCGGCGUUUGCCGUCCGGGAGAGGCCCACCCUGUUCCAGUACUACUAGCACUAGGCUACUAGCUAGAGUAGUGAUUUUUUAUCAGCUUAGUUCAGCAUCGAAAUCAACAGAAAGUUGUAGUGCUUGACCAACAUGCAAGUUUGGAAGCUGAAGCUCGCGUGCCAAAUUACCUGUUCGUUGGUACA